AUGGCAGAGGCGGAAGAAGCACGCCUGCGUCGCGUCAUCGCCGCCGGCGCCCGUGCGGCUGCUCGCCUCGACACCAGCUCGACGAGCGCCAAGCUCAAGCAGGCUGCGGGACGGGUUGCAGCCGGCGCCACUGCACAGCACGACCUCGCGCUGCUCUGCUCGCGGCAAGGGCGCGGCUCUGAAGCAGAUAGGCUUCUGCGGGCGUUGGGUAUGCGCCACCGGCUCUCGGUCUCCAUUUUCGCGCCGCCAUCGACGGCGACGCCUAGCCCUGCUGGCCUCUGUGGUGCUCCAAUAGUGCUCGACGGCGUGCUUCCGCCAGCCGUGAUCGCGGGGCUGCAGCGAGCGCUGCGACCGGGAGCUGCCUUCUGGGAGGAGCACGGCUAUCCCACGCCGUGCUUCUUCUCGUACCGGCACGACCUCACGGCCUCCAAACCACCGCUCCUCCUCGUCGAGCAGGCUGCCCGCCUGCUGCAGCCGCUGAUGGAGCGCCGCCGCGCGCUCCACCAGCUGCACUUUGACCUCGACGAGGCGACGCUCCUCUCGGGCGGCGGCACGCGCCACCCCCUCGUCUCGUCGGUGCUCUACCUCGGCGGGAGGAAGGCGGCGCCAACCAUGGUCACCACGCAGACGCUAGCCUCCGGGUCGGGCGACGCGGCGGCAGAGGCGACCACUCCCGGCCCCAGGCUGGCCGCGCGCCGUCCAGCGCGUGGGUGA